CAAAACGAUGACGUAGCAAAAAAGUUACUGGUUCAAAAUCAUCGUCAUUCUUCCCCAAUAUUCUUCACAUCAAUCAAAAAAUGGGGCGAUUGUUUCUAGUAACGUUAGAGGGGAAGAGUUACAGUUGUAAACACUGCAAAACUCAUCUUGCUCUCUGCGACGACGUCGUUUCCAAGUCCUUUCAUUGCAGGCAUGGGAAGGCUUAUCUGUUCAGUAAAGUAGCAAACGUUACAGUUGGAGUGAAGGAAGAUAGACUGAUGAUGACGGGAUUACACACAGUUGCUGACAUUUUCUGCGUUAAAUGUGGAUCAAUUGUCGGAUGGACAUAUGAAACCGCACAUGAAGAGGACCAAAAGUACAAGGAGGGAAAAUCUGUCCUGGAGCGGUAUAAGGUUUCGGGGCCAGAUGGAAGCAAUUACUGGGUCCGUCACGAAACACAAAUCAUUAGUGGAGGUGAAGAAGAUCAAGUUUGAUGAUUAAUCUACAUUUGAAAAGUGAAAUGAAAAUUGUAAAUUGUAAAUUCUCCCACCCUUUUUCGUUCUAAUGUUGUCGGUAAUGGAUUGUUGCUUUCCUUGUGAAUGAAACACAAAUUUGAUUUCUGGAAAAAAAAAGUGGUCUCUGGAGAUUGAGAUGAUGUUUGCUGAUA